AUGAUAGCCCCCUGGAGUUUAUCUUGGCCGUUUGGAGGAAUAUCGGCAGCACCAUCUUCGAGGAAAAGUAGUGUCGAAACAGUACGCCCAAGUGUGGGGGACCCAUUUAGAGGAGCUGGAGCAGCGGACUCGACCGUAGGAAGCGAUUGCGGCCCUGGGGCAGGGGGCGCAACCGUAGGAAACGACUGCUGCCCUACGGCAGCGGACUCGCCUGCAUCAAACGAUUGCGACCCCAUUAAGGCGGACGCAAUCGUAGGAAACGAUUGCCACCCUAGCCCAGUGGCAUCAAUCGUAGAAAACGUUUGCAGCCGUGCCGUAGCGCAGCCGACUGUAGGAACCGAUUGCGGCCCUGUGGCAGGGGACGCAACCGUAGGAAACGACUGCUGCCCUACGGCAGCGGACUCGCCUGCAUCAAACGAUUGCGGCCCCGUUAAGGCGGACGCAACCGUAGGAAACGAUUGCGACCCUACCGCAGAGGCUUCAACCGUAGAAAACGUUUGCAGCCGUGCCGUAGCGCAGCCGACUGUAGGAACCGAUUGCUGCCCUGGGGCAGGGGACGCAACCGUAGGAAACGACUGCUGCCCUACGGCAGCGGACUCGCCUGCAUCAAACGAUUGCGGCCCCGUUAAGGCGGACGCAACCGUAGGAAACGAUUGCGACCCUACCGCAGAGGCUUCAACCGUAGAAAACGAUUGCGACCCUACCGCAGAGGCUUCAACCGUUGAAAACGUUUGCGGCCCUGCCGUAGCCCAGCCGACUGUAGGAAACGAUUGCUGCCCUGGGGCAGCAGAUUCAACCGAAGGAAACGAUUGCGUCGGCUGUUCUUCGUCUAAAAACUGCAUUUCUCCAAAGGGAUCUCGCAGCCAUUCUUCUUCAUCUAGGCCUUCAUGA